CUCCCAGACAGCACACCAUGGGGGGUCUGAGGCCCUGGGCCCGAUAUGGGCUGCUGAUUGUGGCCCACCUGCUGGCUCUGGGGCUUGGGGCUGUGGUGCUCCAGGCCCUGGAGGGACCUCCAGCACUCCAGCUUCAGGCCAAGCUCAGGGCUGAGCUGGCCACUUUCCAGGCGGAGUAUGGGGCAUGCCUGCCAACCGGGGCACUGGAGGAGCUGCUGGGCACCGCCCUGGCAGCCCAGGCCCAUGGGGUCUCCAGCCUGCGCAAUGGCUCAGAGACUGGGAACUGGGAUCUGCCCUCAGCCCUGCUCUUCACUGCCAGCCUCCUCACCACCACGGGUUAUGGCCACAUGGCUCCACUAUCAGCAGGUGGAAAGGCUUUCUGUGUGGUCUACGUGGCCCUGGGGCUGCCAGCUUCCCUAGCCCUUGUGGCCAUACUGCGCCAGUGCCUGCUGCCUCUGCUCAGCUGCCCGGUUACCUGGGUAGCUGUCCGCUGGCAACUGGCCCCAGCCAGGGCUGCGCUGCUGCAGGCAGUUGGACUGGGCCUGCUAGUGGCUGGUACCUUCAUGCUGCUGCCAGCACUGCUGCUGUGGGGUCUGCAGAGCAACUGCAGCCUGCUGGAGGCCAUCUACUUCUGCUUCGGCUCACUCAGCACCAUCGGCCUGGGGGACCUGCUGCCUGGUCAUGGCCGUGACCUGAAUCCAGUGCUUUACCAUCUUGGCGAGAUUGCACUUCUUGGUGAGUCCAGCUGCCAAGGAGCACCAGUGGGAGGAGAGGAGGGAAAAGAAGCCUGGACUCCCAUUAACCACUGGGGGAGGCUAAGCCUCACAGGUGGAGGGAAUAUAGUUGGAAGAACUCAGAUGGCAGAGAACUGUGAAUGGCAUCAGGUGCCAGGGUGGGUCAACAGGCUGGGAGGUGGGCAGAGAGCAUCAGCACCCCAAAGCUGCCCUAGCAACCUUUCCUCCCCAGGUUACUUGCUCCUGGGGCUCCUGGCUAUGCUGCUGGCAGUGGAGACGUUCUCAGAACUGCCACAGGUCCGUGCCUUGGUGAAGUUCUUCGGGUCCAGUGGGCCUUUGACUGCUGAGGACCAAGGUGGCAUGCUAGGCCAGGAUGAACUGGCUCUGAACACCCUGACCCCCUCAACUGCAGCCCCAGAACAGGCCCCAGCUUGCUGACAGGUGUCAGGUGGUGGAGUUAACUCCUUUCAGGUGAAGAAACCCAAGAGGACGCCUCUAGAGAUGGGAGGGGAGGGGUGGAUGUAAGGACCUCAGAGAGUAAAAUGUUAAUAAAA